AUGCUUUUCAACUUUCGGACGAAACUUGCCAAGUAUCAACUUGCAUCUCUGAUCACCACAUGCGCAGCGAAUUUCUUCCUGUUCAUUGCAACACUGACUCCGGCGUGGCAGGUUGCGGAUGAUUUGGAUGCGGAUCGUUACGUUCAAUCCGGUCUGUGGCUUUACUGUCCCGGCGCUGCGCAAUGCUGGUAUAUAUUCAGUGACAGUUUAAUAAACUACUAUGAAAAGGUUGAUGUUUGUCGAUUCUUUCUUAUCGGUGAUUGCCGCAAAAAGCUGCUACGAACUCCAUACUUUUUCGAUUGGCAUUAUGCGGUUCUGAUUCUGAACAUCAUUACUAUGGUGUUCCUGACACUUGCAACCAUUGCGAUUCUUGUGUCUUACUUCAAAAAGAAUCGCGCCCGACUUUGUGCAAUUUUCUUCGAUGUUCUCAUUUUUGCCGCAUGUCUUUUUCUCGCAAUCUCCCUCAUUGUGUUCAUGGUGAAUGCUGAAAUGUUGGAAUCGAAGUACCUAAUUGGAGUAAAGAACACAUACGAGAAAUAUUACGGCUAUUCAUUCUACCUCGCUGGAUUCGCGCUACUCCUUAUUACAUUCGCGAUACUUUUUGCAACCCUUAUUACAACGUACACGUUUUUCUUUGUUGAACAAGUUGAGGAAGAUGUUUAUCAUGAUAAUAAUUAUGCGAUAUCCAUGGAAAACAAAUUUGGCCAAAACUACCCAAACAAUUUUGCAACACCACUAACGACCCAAAUUCCAAACACGGAACAUGGAUCAUACAUUGCUGGAUCGAUCUCACCCAAUGGAGAGUUCAAAUCCCAAACUCGGCAUUUUUAUAGCUACUGA